ACUCCUUCAGUGCGCGCACCCAGUGGAUGCUCUCAUUGGGUUGGGCAUCAAUAUGUAUCAUCCAUUUUGUGCCUUUUCCUGUGUUGACUCUAUUGAUGGAGUCUACUAUCUUCGAUGCUCAGAAUAUGGGAGUAUGACAGAUGACGGUGGCAUGAGCAUGGACAUGUCGGGCGACGAUUCUAGCGGGCUCAUUACAAGCGACGACUGCAAAAUGACGGAUUCAGCAAUGUUGUCGACUAUAGCUUGGUGUCUGAAGCUACACUGCCAAGAUGAAUCCAGUGAUAGUCUCCAAGCCGUUUGGAGCAGUAAUAACGUUUCGAAUAUAUACACAUAUUUGGGAUCGUUGGAACUAGGGACACCAAGCCAUGUUAUCGAAGAUGAUGCACUCUGGCUGAACACAACCGGAUAUGUGAAUCCUACGCUUUAUAGAGCAAAUUACGAUACUUUGUCAUAUUUCUCUUUUCAAGAAACGAUGCAUGCGCGGUUCGGAUUCGCAUUGCUGAUGGUCGGCUGGUUCUUUUGCUUGAUUGGAGUCCUCCACCGGCUCACGGAGCAUCUUCAAGUCUUGCCCCCGAGCUAUUCAGCUUUUAUCAAUCGACAUUUGUUGAAGCCGGCUUUGUUCUCAUCGCGCGCAGAUGCUCCUCUUCCUUAUGACGUGGGGUAUCUGCCUCCUCGACUGGUAUCGAUCGGGAUUUUCAUCUUUUUCGUGUUGAAUUUGCUAUUUUGCUGCGUCCCGUACAAGACUGUUGCGGGCAGUACGUGGUAUACUUCCUCCGCCAGGGAAUUAUAUGCGUAUGUGGGAAAUCGAACUGGAAUUCUCUCCUUUGCAAAUAUUCCUCUUCUUCUAUUGUUCGGAGUAAGGAACAACAUCAUGGCCUUUCUAACUGGCUGGUCGCAAACGACAUUCAUGCACUUUCAUCGGUGGAUCGCAUAUAUUGCUACGGUAGAGGCAAUUGUGCAUUCCAUACUAUACACGGCUGCCUAUCUCGAUGACGGAGGGGCGGCGAGCUAUGCUGAGCAGGCUGCAUUGGCUUAUUUCCAGUGGGGAAUAGUUGCUACUGUUGCCAUGGGACUCGCAGUUGCGUUUUCCGUACUGUGGAUCAGAAAAAGGUACUAUGAGACUUUCCUGGUCGGACACAUCGUUUUGGCCAUCUUGACGAUUGUUGGGUGCUGGUACCAUAUCAAGCUCCGAUACACGACAGAAUGGGGCUAUAUUUACUGGAUAUAUGCCGCAAUUGCGGUCUGGGCCUUUGAUAUGCUUUUGAGAUGUACAAGACUGUGUCUCUUCAAUUUCAGAUCAACAAAAGCAAUUGCCGAAGUUGUUCCCGGCGAGCUCUUGCGCGUUGUUGUGUUUCCAUCUUUCGAACAACAUGCCGCAGCAGGGAGACACACGUUCCUAUACUGGCCGACAAUCUCCUUGCCUUGGACUUCUCAUCCUUUGACGGUCGCAUUGUCGGGUCGAUAUUCGGACAUUAUAUCUGGAACGGCAGCGAAGCGCUCGAAGGAGAAGACAGACCGAAUAGAUGAAAUCAGUCUCUCGGAAAAUUCCUCGAGCGAGUCCGCUAAGUUCGUCGAAUGUAAUGACGUCAUUCCUGAACUACCCGACGUUGACCCGGAAUCUCUUGUAUAUGUCUUUUACAUUCGACCCAUCUGCGGAGCAACGAGAACACUGUAUGACCAGGUCCUGCAAAGCAAGAAGCACCGCUUACGCUUCUUGGCUCUUAGUGAAGGCUUAUAUGGAUCUCCUCCUAUGGCGUGGACUUAUUCGAGCGCCAUAAUCUGUAUGACGGCCGGAGUUGGGUUUACUGCUGGACUUUCUUUCGUGGAUAGCUUCGCAGCGAGCAUAAUCAAUCCUCAUCAUUGCCAUCAGCGGUUUAUCUUCUUGUUGACGGCAAGAAAUGAUGAGAUGAUUCAACACGUUUCGAAUCUCAUUAGUAGUCGCUACGGUGCAUGUAUAUCCGCUGGAGUGAUUGAACUUGUCACGCACUGCACCGCUUCGUCGACUCAGAGACUUGAUGUGAACGAGUUUCUGACUCGUAAAGUGGAGGCCAUUGGAGAUAGUCCGAACAAAACGAAGACAGUUGAUGUGAUUUCGUGCGGGCCAGGUGGAUUUAUGGAUGGCUGCCGUCAAGCCGUCGUAGGACUACAAGAGAUGCGUAAGAGAGGCAUAGCUGUUGAGUAUCACCCUGAGUCUUUCGCCUGGUGAGUCUGUCCUUCAAAAGUAUAUUCUCAGUGAAGAUUCGGGACGCGCCGUGGUUUGCUUAAACCUAUGCUGCAACUAGAUUAUGUGCUAUCCUGAUAUCAAAAGAAGUGUUAUAUAAAGAUUUAUAGCUAUCUAAAAAGCCAAUAAGUUUACU